CUCUGGCCUUGCGUCAUCGUCCCGGAAGUGGCGUCGCACAGUGGGGAAGAUGAGCUUGUCUGUAACCGUGUAGAGAUUGAGUGUGUUAUAUUUCUUCUCCCCCCCUGUCUGCUCGUUCUCUCGUCAUGAUUCCCGUGCCGCUCGUGGUGUGUGUUUUGUGCGGCUGGUGCUUCGUCUAUCUCACAGACGUGCUUCUGAAGUUGUCUGAGUCAUAUGGUCAUUGUUAUGAGAUGUGGCUAGGGUCAAAGGGUCUGUCUCUCUCUCCGUUCCACAUCCGCUGGCAGACCUCCCUCUUCAACCGCCUCUUCUCACGCUGCGCUCGCAUCAACCCACACGCCCUCUACCUCUGGUUUACCAGUGGUCUAGUGUUUGGGCUGGUGUCUAUGUGUGGUUCGGUGGUGCUGCUAAUUAGAACCCUGCAGCAGACUGUCCAUCAGAUGACAUCAGACCACCCUCAGGGAGCCAAUCAACAAACACUACAGGUGGUGGUCCCAGGUAUAAACCUGCCAGUCAGCCAGCUGGCCUACUUCUUCUCUGCUUUGCUGGUCAGUGGGGUCAUACACGAACUGGGCCAUGCAGUGGCAGCGAUAAGGGAGCAGGUACGUGUGAAUGGUUUCGGUGUGUUUGUGUUCGUGGUGUAUCCCGGAGCUUUCGUAGAUCUCUUCACCACACACCUCAACCUCAUCUCACCUGCCCAACAGCUACGCAUCUUCUGUGCAGGGGUGUGGCAUAACUUUGUGCUGUGUGUAGCAGCAUUGUGUUUCCUCUUCCUCUUGCCUGUCUUCCUGUUUCCUGUUUAUUACACUGGAGCUGGAGCCCUCGUCACCGAGGUGGUGCAGGGCUCUCCUGCAGACGGUCCUAGAGGUCUGUCAAUAGGUGACAUGGUGACCGGGCUGGAGGAUUGUGAUGUCAGAACAGUAGAGGACUGGAACUCCUGUCUCACAAUCCACACUCACACACCUCAGACUGGAUACUGUGUCCCAACACACACCCUGCAACCCAGCUGGGCCCAUGGUCGAGUUUACAGGAGGUUGGAUACUUCUAUAGAAUGCUGCAGUAACAACAGUCUGACUGAUCUUUGCUUCUCCUACACCAAACUACAGGAGAAGAAGUAUGCGUGUCUCCCGGCUCGUAAGAUGCUGUCUGGCAGCCGUGUGUGUCGCAGCAACGCAGACUGCCUCACACACACACAUCUUGACACAGACCCUGACACACACUCACCCAGUGUCUGUGUCACACCUUCACUGGAGAACCAGACCAGGUUGAUCCGUCUUACUCAUCCUCCCAAUACACAGAUGCUGUUUGUGGGGUACCCUCCUCACCUCCAAUAUGCAGUCAGUCUGACCAACUUUGCUCCUCGCUUCGGCUUCCUGAACCUGGACCUACCUGUUGUCAUGGAGACCUUCUGCAAAUACGUUGUGUCCCUGUCUGGAGCGUUAGCCGUGGUCAACUCUGUUCCAUGCUUCGCUCUCGACGGCCAAUGGAUGCUCUCCGCUCUGCUGGAGGCCACACUGGUCACUGUGGUUACAGAUCGGCAGCACCGGGAGCUGAUUGGCUUUUUCCUGUUGCUGGGAGGAAGUGCUCUGCUGGCUGCUAAUGUAGCGCUGGGGCUGUGGAUGGUUACUGCCCGGUAACGGUAACUAUGACUACAAACCACCACCAACGCCUCCAUGGCAACCAACGCCAAGAGACUCUCCCGGGGUGCCGUGCCUCCGCACAAAGGCAUUGUGGGUCUCUUCCUGCUCCUCUCUGAGAGAAAGACUCCAGUUCCCAUCAGGCACUGCGGUGCACAUGGUGACUAAGGGAUGCUGGGGAAAUGUUGUGUUCAGCUGCACCUUCUCUACUCUCUGGAAUGUGUAUGUGUGUGUGUGGGUGUGUCGCGUCACACGCGCUGUGAAGAGGUAUGUGUUUCUGUUUUCUAGGGAUUUCAUGAUACAUUGUUGUUUUAUCUAUUUGUCCCACCUCUUUCUGUCUGUGUCUGUCUCUCAAUUGAAUUUAAUUCAAGGGCUUUAUUGGCAUGGGAAACAUAUGUUUACAUUGCCAAAGCAAGUGAAAUGGAUAAUAAACAAUAAAAAUGAACAGUAAACAUUACACUCACAGAAGUUGCAAAAGAAAGACAUUUACAAUAUAUUGCUCUCUCCCCAUCUCUCUAUGUGAAAUAAAGAGGAAUUAUCUCA